AUGGCGUGCUCCCCGAUGCUGACUAUAUCAAAGGAUAACUUUAUAAACAACAUUUUGAACAUACUUAAAUGGGAUGCCGAGCGCAACUUGCAACUGCUUAGAAAACCAGUUGACAAGGAUAAAUGGGCGACGGAGCCGGCAGUUGUCAACGCUUUCUACAAUCCGAAUAAAAACGACAUCGUGUUCCCUGCUGGAAUACUUCAGCCAUUGUUUUACAGUCAACAUUUUCCAAAAUCGUUGAAUUAUGGCGGAAUCGGAGUAGUAAUAGGUCAUGAAAUUACACAUGGUUUUGAUGACAAGGGACGUCAAUUUGACAGAGAUGGUAAUAUGAUGCAGUGGUGGAAUAAUGCAACCAUCAAAGCUUUUCGUGAGAGAGCACAAUGCAUAAUUGACCAAUAUUCACGGUAUAAAAUAAACGAAGUAAAUCUUUACAUGAAUGGUAGAAUGACACAGGGUGAGAACAUUGCUGAUAAUGGAGGACUUAAACAAUCAUUUAGGGCAUAUCGUAAAUGGGUGGACCUUCAUGGACCAGAGCUUAACCUUCCUGGUAUGAAUAUGACACAUGAUCAACUAUUUUUUCUAAACUACGCCCAAAUAUGGUGUGGAUCUAUGCGGCCUGAAGAUGCUCUAACUAAAAUACGAUCUUCAGUGCACUCCCCCGGUAUUAUUAGAGUAAUUGGUCCACUUUCCAAUUCCAAGGAUUUUGCAGAAGCUUAUAACUGUCCAUUUGGUUCACCAAUGAAUCCGUCAAAUAAGUGUAGUGUUUGGUGAAUAGAUUCAAAAGAUGAAAGGAUAAUUUAAACAAAAACAAUGUAUUUUGUUACUGAAGAAAAUAUAUUGUAAUAGUAUUAUGGCAAGUAACGAUUGAUGAGGGUCACUCAACCUUUAACUAAAUUCGCACUACAGCGUGUAUUGAAUACCUUAAUACCAAACGUCAUAUACGUUAUUUCGAG